GGAAUGUGUAUAGGUAUUUGGCGAGAGUGCUAAAAAGAGCAUAAAUUCAUUCGUGUGUUGUAUGAAGACAACUCAGCUCCAAAAGAAUAUUAUUGAGUCAGCUACACGUGUUUCGUUAAUCUAGCAAAACUUAAUAUCCAAUAUCGGUAAAAAAGCUUCAAUGAACAUGAUGAAACAAUGAUGAAAAUCGCGAGAAUAAUCAGUUCGUUUCAUUUGCAUAAUAAUACUGUGUUGUCGAACACCUGGCAGCUGACAGCACCCCUGCUCAGCUGCAGUCAAAUUUCUCGACUAAAAUCCACCCGACAAAAAGCUGAGCUUAAACGCCGCCUGAAAGCCGAACAGAAGGCGAAGGAAAAGGAGGAAAAAGAGAAUCAAGCGCCAGCUGUGCCUGGUGCUAAGGGUGCAAAGCCGAAAGAAGAAUCCAAAAUAAACGAAGAGGAAAUCUCGCCGAAUGAGUACUUCAAGCUGCGCAGUUCAGCUGUGGUUGAGCUGAAAAAAUCACCGGAAACGCAUCCCUAUCCUCACAAAUUUCACGUGAGCUGCUCGUUGGAGAAUUUCAUCAAGAAAUACAGCGAUCUCAAGGAUGGAGAUAUGCUGGAGAAGGAUACGCUUUCGGUGGCGGGAAGAAUCCAUGCCAUUCGCGAAUCCGGCGGGAAGUUGAUAUUCUACGAUUUGAGAGGCGAGGGAGUUAAACUGCAGGUCAUGGCCAAUGCAAAGUUGUACGAGAGCGAAGCGACUUUUGCAGAAGAUACUGCUCGACUUCGCCGUGGUGAUAUCGUAGGCAUCCAGGGCUAUCCCGGUAAGACUAAGAAAGGUGAACUUUCCGUGAUUCCGAAACGUUUGAAGCUUUUAUCACCCUGUCUACAUAUGCUGCCGCAUUUGCAUUAUGGUUUGAAAGACAAAGAGACGCGCUUCCGUCAGAGAUAUUUGGACUUGAUCUUGAACAAUAAUGUGCGAGAUAUAUUUUACGUACGGGCCAAGAUCAUUAACUAUGUGAGACAAUUUUUAAAUGAGAUGGGUUUCCUGGAGGUAGAAACGCCGAUGAUGAAUAUGAUUGCGGGAGGAGCUACCGCGAAGCCUUUUAUAACUCAUCACAACGAUCUAAAUAUGAACUUGUUCCUGAGAAUUGCUCCGGAGCUGUACUUGAAGAUGCUUACCGUGGGUGGUCUAGAUCGGGUGUACGAAAUCGGAAGGCAGUUCCGUAACGAGGGCAUCGAUCUGACGCAUAACCCGGAGUUUACGACCUGUGAGUUUUAUAUGGCAUACGCGGAUUAUAAUGAUUUAAUUGAUAUGACUGAGAAGAUGGUAUCGGGGAUGGUUAAGAGCAUUCACGGAAGCUAUAAGAUCAAAUAUCACCCGGAAGGCCCAGAGGGUAAAGAGUACGAGAUCGAUUUCACACCGCCAUUCAAGAGGGUCUCCAUGAUUAGCUCACUGGAGGAGAUCCUCCAGGUUAAAUUUCCAGCAGCGGAGCAAAUCAACUCUUCGGAAGCGAACAAGUUCCUGAGCGAUCUGUGCAUUAAACAUGAGGUGGAAUGUCCUCCGCCGCGAACAACGGCUCGUUUGCUGGACAAACUGGUCGGCGAGUUUCUAGAGGAGAACUGCAUCAAUCCGACCUUCAUUUGCGAUCAUCCGCAGAUAAUGUCCCCGUUGGCCAAGUACCAUCGAAGCGCAGCGGGAUUGACGGAGCGGUUCGAGCUAUUUGUCAUGAAGAAGGAGAUCUGUAAUGCCUACACGGAGUUGAACGAUCCGGUCGUUCAGCGGGAACGCUUUGAGCAGCAAGCCGCCGAUAAAGCUGCCGGAGAUGACGAAGCCCAGCUGGUCGAUGAGAACUUUUGUACCGCGCUGGAGUACGGUUUGCCACCGACCGGUGGCUGGGGAAUGGGUUUGGAUCGGCUAACCAUGUUUUUGACCGAUAACAACAAUAUCAAAGAGGUGCUGCUGUUUCCGGCGAUGAAACCGGACGAUCCUAAUCGAACCCAAACCCAGGUGGUCCAGGAGGGAGCUGCACUCAGCGUACCGGGUGCGGCGGGAGACGGUAAGAAGUAGGCAAAAUUGGGCACGACAAUUUCAGUAGUAAUACGCUGGCUUUUCGAAUACUGAUAAUAAACUCUUGGUUUGUUUGAUCAAGCAAA